CCCCCCCCCCCCCCCUCCUCUCCUCUCUCUUCCCUCGCCACCACCUAAUCCCUCCCGUCCCCGCCGCUCGCCCCCGCUUCCGGAAGCUUCCAGAACGUCUCCGGGGCGACGGACGGGCCGCGCGGGGCUGCUUCCGGAACCUUCCGCCGCCCCGCCCUGCGGUCAGGUCGAGGGAGCGGGCAGUAGGGGGCAGCGGAGGAGGAAGCGGAGGGGGAGAUGCGGAGGUAGAGGAUUGAUUGGAUGCUGCUACGAUGGCGCAAGCUGCCGUCGAGUCUGCGCAAGCGGGGGUUGCAAGGAUGAAGAGGAAGACACCCUCUGAAUUGAGAGGUGAGCAACUGAAGCGGCGUACCUCCGAAAAGCUUGCAAAUGAUCAGUUAACUUCUGCCGCAUUUGAUAGGUCAACCAAUGGACUUCGGAACACAGAACAACAAAAGAUAUCCAAAUACAUUAGCACACGUGUUACAGAGGUCUUCCCUGUGAGAAAAGCAAGAAACCUUGGGAAGGAAAACUGUAAGGAUGUCUUGCAGAGUAAUGAGAAGAUUUGUAAGACUAUCGAUGCUACAACGGUUUCAAAUUUUGCAUUGUCUUCACUUACAUGUGGCAAUGGUGACUCAGCUAAGUUGGAUUCUUCUGUUCCAUCAACAACGGAGGCAGUGAAGCCAGGUUUCAAGAAAGUUGAGAAAUGUAGUGAAAAUGCUCUGCGCAGUGUAUCAGAGCUUCACGUCGGUGAUGAGAAGCAGACUAGUUCUAACAAAUUUGAUAUGGAAAAAGUACUUAAAGGAUUUGGAGCUCGUGAUGCUUCUGUGGCUUCUGGGCUCAGCAACCUUAAUGUACAAGUUGGUGAUGCUGCGAUGAAGUCUUCAGAUAUGUGCCCUUCUAAGAUCACCAUUCCAGGGAAAAGAGCUCCUUUGGAUUUUACCUUAAAGACUAGUUUGCAGUUUGUUUCAUCAUCAUCUGUGAAAUGGUGUCACAAGCUGAAUACAAGUUUUGGCAGGAGCAGCAUCACUGAAGCCAUUGGUCAGAGCUGUCUUCGUGGGUGUCAAAAUUUAGAGUGUCCAAAGCCUGAGAGCAAGAAGGAAUUCUUGUUCUCAAAGGCACUACAAUCAUGGGUAUAUCCACAAUCUUUGUUGCCUUCGUCCAUCAUAUCUGUAAUGCUCUCAUCAACUGCACGAGGAGAAAACGACUUUCUUCUCAAAAGACAUCAGGACUGGGAAGAUUCGUUUCAGAAUCUUUACUACAUGCUACGGAAGAAUAUGCUGAAUAUAUUCUAUGUUUAUACGACACAAUUUGUUGCUCUCUUCAUUGGUGGAAGCCAUUUGGAGAAAAUACAGCCCUGUAAUGCCUACUUGUCGCAAUCUACCCGUGGCCUACGCUCAUUACUGCGGAAACAUGGUGUUUGCUUUUCCAUGCCUCUUUGCAACACUGAAGUAGAGCAGGCUACUGAAGAUGACCUGAUCGAACUCUCAGAAAUCCAAAGGCGCAAUCUUGGCCAGGCACUCCAUUUAGAUGCUCUAUCCGAUGUGGACAACAGCACACAAUCAUUACUUAUGUUUACUGGCAAUGAGAGUGUUCAUGGUUUAUAUGACAUUCUGUUGAACUACAAGUCCUUGCUGAAUUCUUUAUCUGCUGUGGAUGUCCCAGUCUUGUAUUCACCACAGCCAUUUCAAAAUGGCUGCCUACAUAUUCCAGAGGUGAAAUGCAGGGAGAUGAGGCGAGCAGACAUGGGGCUGCUCUCUUCCGGUGGGUUUGAUGCAGAACCAGGCUCAGCAUUUGCCUCAACGGCUGGCAAUAUCUGCUACAGCAUGGAAAUAAAGGACCCGAUCCUCCCGCCCUGGGUCGUCUCCGGAGUCUGCGCUGCGAUGAGCUCGGAUGCAAGGAGCUUUGAUUUAACGAUCGCUACGGAGCCAUCAUCCAUGGGCUUGAACGCUGCCCUCAAGUCCGUGACCACAGCUCCUCAACCCAAGACGGCACCUCCCACUGACGGUGGCGCACCUGUGGGUGGCAUACCCGAUGCGAUCCUUGUCCCCUCCUUGCACUCCGCCUUGCUUCGGCGGCUCAGCUACAAAGACGGCGAGUACGUAGCCUACACAACUGUGUGAGCUCGAGCUCCGACAGCUGCAGCGCCCUGGAGCAUUGUGAUUGCAGGAAUGGAGGGCGGCUCUUAUGGGCGAACUGCAACUGCUUUUGUUGUCCGGUGGGAGAAGGCUGCUGCCGUCUUGCCCAGACAGGCUCCAUGUCUCGGUAUGCAGAAAUCCUGCAUUUUUCAGGGCUGCUUGUGUAUCAUGAGCAGGGUCUUUGUAAUUUUGGAGGCUGUGUACGCGGUCACACAGGCUGUCACGUACGCUUGUAUGGCAGUAGUAACUUAUGAGGUCUGGUUCUUGGGGGAAAAGAACAGUUGUUGCAUGCAUCAGUGUCCGCCUGUGCUUGGUACCUCUCUUGUUUAUAUGUUACUUUUUUUUACUUGAUUUCCACUGGCUUAAAACUCGACAAUGAGAGUCCUCUUGUUGCUGUAAACUAUGUUUUUAUUGUUGGUGUAGUUUGUAUGGAUCGGAAGUUCAGUCCUAAUUGGAAGGGUCAAGCGGACAA